AUGAACUCCUCACGACUCUCUGUCCUGCUAAGGCAAACCGCAUCAGCCCAGUCUCGGCUGCUGUCCUGCUCGUCACUUCAUCGCCAUGCCGUGCAGCGACGGGGCCUGAGCGCUGCGGCGGGCUCAAAUGCCAUCCGGGACCUUCUCCAGGUAUCCAGCGAAGUGUCCGAUGCCAUUGCGCAGAACAAGCCCGUUGUUGCGCUGGAGUCAACCAUUUAUACUCACGGGGCUUUGGGCAAGGAUCUCGCGCGGGAGCAUGAGGACUUGGUGCGGAGCACGGGCGGCAUCCCGGCCAUUAUUGCCAUUGUGGACGGCGUGCCCAAAGUUGGUGUCUCGACGGAUGAGAUUAUUCGCAUGAUUGAGGAAGAGGGCACGGUCAAGGCUUCACGGAGAGAUAUUUCCUACUUGGUCGGCAUGGGCCUCGCUGGACGCAAGAUUCAUGGUGGCACAACCAUCGCUGGUACCAUGCUGCUGGCUAGAUUGGCCGGCAUCCGAGUCUUUGGAACCGGUGGCCUUGGUGGUGUUCACCGCGGCGGCGAAAACUCAAUGGACAUCUCAGCCGAUCUCACUGAGCUGGGCAGAACGCGAGUAGCCGUCGUCAGCAGUGGCUGCAAGGGAUUCCUCGACAUCCCUCGCACGUUGGAGUACCUCGAGACUCAGGGCUGCCUGGUGUCGACCUUUGCAGAUGGACGCAGCGGCAAGAUUGACUUCCCGGCAUUUUGGGCGAGGGACAGCGGCGUCAAGAGCCCCUCGGUCACAUACACCGAAAAGGAGGCUGCGGCCAUGAUCCUGGCCCAGGAGAAGCUCAACAUCGAGUCGGGCAUGCUCUUUGCCAAUCCUAUCCCUGAGGAAUUUGGUGUCCCUGCCAAGGAAAUGCAGGCUCACAUCGAGCAGGCUGUCGCCGAAGCAGACCAGAAGGGCUUUACCGGCAGUGCCAACACCCCCUAUAUCCUAAACAGACUCAAGGAGCUCACUGGCGAGAGGGCAGUGAUUGCCAACAAGAAACUGGUGCAGUCCAACAUUGUUAGGGCGACCAACAUCGCUGUGGAAUUGUCACGCUUGCUGAGCCAGGGAACGAGCUCCAUCAGCCAAUCAAUCGGUGGCGUCGGCCACAACGUUGCUCUGGCUGCUCAUCGUGCAAGUCGUCAAGCUCAGGUCAAGUUCAGUAGCAUGGUUGGCGAUGACAUUGCAGGUGACACGGUUCUCUCGGCUUUGGAAGCCUCUGGACUUGACCCUACAUACGUGAAGAAGCUUGACCGGACAGAGCACCCGGGGAGCCGAACUGCUCAAUACGUCGCUAUAAACGACUCUAGUAAGAACCUCGUCAUGGCCAUGGCAGAUAUGGGCAUCUUCACACAGCACCUGUUCCCAGAAGACUGGAAAUCAACCAUCAAAGCGACAGAUCCCAAGUGGCUUGUAGUGGACGGAAAUUGGAGCCCCAAGGGAAUCAGGACGUGGGUUCACUCGGCUAAUGAGCACGGGAGCAAAGUCGCCUUUGAGCCUGUAUCGGUGGAAAAAUCCAAGAGUCUCUUCGGCCCACAGCGCGGAGUGCCACCGCUGGGCGUCUUUCCGCAUCAGAGCGUCGAUCUCUCUUCGCCAAACAUCUACGAGCUUUCAGCCAUGUACUCUGCGGCCAAGGACAACGGCUAUCUCGACAGCGCAGAGUGGUUCGAAGUCAUCGACUCAUUCGGCAUGGUCGGCGCCAGGGACAAGUUUGUUCGCCUCACAUCGAUGGAGCUGACUGACGCUGGCGUGCCGGUGCAGUCUAUCCAGCUACUCCCUUAUAUCCCGACUUUGAUCACAAAACUAGGAUCAAAGGGCGUUCUGUUAACAACUAUUCUUGGAAAGGACGACCCCCGGCUUCGAGACCGCGAGUCUGAAGAAUUCAUUCUGACACGGUCAUUUAAUGGGAACCCUGCAAUUGGCGGCGUUUACAUGCGGUUAUUCCCACCGGUUGAAAAGGUAGAAACCGUUGUUUCUGUCAAUGGCGUGGGCGAUACGUUCCUCGGAGUCUUGAUAUCAGGUCUGGCUCAAGGAGGAAGAGUCGAUAAGCUGGUUGAUGUGGCUCAGCGAGGUGCGGUUUACUCGCUGAAGUGCGCAGAAUCUGUGAGCAAGGAGGUUUCAAAGUUGGAGGGCGAGCUGGAAAAAGUUGCAUUGUUGAAAUAA